AUAUUGUAUUUUUGCGAUCCUACUGGGCCUUUGUGGUUCAUAUACUCUGUGAAUUUCAUUUGCUGGAAAAGAUUAAGCUUAGGAUUGGGGGUUGUUAUGAGGUCGUGUUCCUGUAGUUGUUGUAUGUGCAAGAGUUUUGUAUUCCAUUUGUGUUCCUGAUUUCUGUCGAUUAAGUGUGACACUGCAUCUCUAUAGGACUGCUAAAGCCCGUAUUUAAAUUAUCUCUGUGUAUUAUUAGUGGUUUAUAUUUUUGCAUUUUAUUGCUUUCUUCUUAUCUAUUGCUGAUAUUUCUAAAUAGAUUUGAGAUCUAAGGCCUUGCAUCCAGUGGGGCCUAGCCCUGUUGGAUGCGGCCGGUCUAUUAGCGGGCCCAGCUUUGGGGUUAGGGCGUGACAACCAUCGUUGUCAAUGCCUGGGUUCAUGAUGGACAAGAAAGAUGAGUGUUAUACUAUAUUUUAUAACUAUGGAUACAGACUAAGAAAAGCUAGAUAUUUCUAAUUAUGAACACGUUCAAGAAUUUGGAGAUGAAGCCAUUAAAGGCUUUGGAGACAGGACAAUGCUUGCCGGACCAACCAACACCGGCUAUUUUCACUGUAGGACAAUUGCUUGCCUCCAAGAAAGAAGAGGAGGACGAGGACGAGGAGGAAGAAAGGAAGAAGCAUGAGUGCACCAAAUGGUUGGAUGAACAGCCGGUGAAGUCGGUGGUGUUCUUGUGUUGUGGAAGCAUGGGGUAUUUUGAUGAGAAGGCAGUGAAGAAGAUAGCUUUGGGUUUGGAGAGGAGUUGGCAAAGGUUCUUGUGGGUGUUGAGAACAUCAUCAAGAGAGAAUGCUUUGAUUCCUAGUGAUGCUGAUCUUGGGCAGUGGCGGAACCAGGGGAAGCGGGGUAUCAGCCCCCCCUUGGCUUUGGUAAGGCUACCCUCACCUAAGUUUUCCCCUGGGAGAAGCUCAACAAUGGAGGAUCCAAAAGGAGACUAGCGUAGACUUCAACCCCCCUCUUUGUGUUGGCGAUUUGGGAGGCUAUCCUCACCGGAGUUUUCCCGAGAUGAAGGCUAGAAGCUCAGCGAAGGAAUGAGAAGGGAGGAGAUAAGGCUUAUGGAUAGAGGAAUGAACUAGACCAUUGGAUUUGGAUGGAAAUAAGAUGGGAAAAAAUAAUGAACGGCAAAGAUGGGACACAUGUGGCAGUGCACUUUGAUUAUCAAAUGUUUGGGUUUGAGUUUUUCAAAGCAAUGGAGGGGUUCUUUGACUUAUUCUCGAUAUGCUUGAGAGUUUGAUCUUUAUACA